AUGAAAUUAACCGAUAUCUCAGUGACCGAUUCGGAACGACACCCACACAUGCUCUCCGUUAAAAAUUGCUUCAUUCGUGGAUCAGUGGUACGAUAUGUGCAAUUGCCAGCUGAUCAGGUUGACACACAGUUGCUACAGGAUGCAAGCCGACGAGAAGUGAUGCAGGCUAAACGAUCCUCAACAACAGCAACAACCACAGCGACGACCACGUAG